AUGCCACCCCAGCCUCCGUUCCCCAAUGAGUAUCAGAAACGGCUAGUCAGCGAGUCGGAUAGUAAAGCUUGCAAUGUCUGUUACAAGCCAACAUGUACAGUUCUCCUAGCAUCAAACCAGGUCGACUUCUUUUACGUCUGUCCUUCUCAUCUAAAAGACGUGAGCUUCUGCUCCGCCCUUCAUCCCGAGGCGUAUACAAAGCUUUUAGAGGAACGCAAAGCCUUAGAAAAACAAGUCAAAGAUGCUAUGGCUGAAGCUGAAGCACACAAACCCUAUCCUUGGACAAACAUCAUGAAUACAAUCGGUUGGAAUAAGAAAGAUAAGGAUAAGCUGCCAAAGAAGGACGACGAGAAUGCAUCCAAAGAAGAGAAAGAGGGCACUAAAGAGUACGAGUCGCUCAUUGCUGCAGUGAGGCAACACAAAAGCGAUCUAGCUGACUUGGAUGAGAAAAUUGCUAGCUUUUCAUUCAAAAAGUAUCAGUUAAACAAAGAUGUCUAUAGAAUCAGAGUCAACAACUACAUACAAGGGCAGUUGAGAGCAAAGCGCCAGAAAGAAAUCCACGACCCGUCUUUUUUUCCUCAAGCACCCACUGGGGAAUUGCAAUAG